GGCACUCCCAGAAAUAAGUCCAGAACACAGCCCAGCCCCUUCCUGACACAAGGAGCAAUUUUGCAGAAGAGGUACAAAAUAUUAAUGAAAGAACAUGAGGUCCUCCUGGAUAUUUCUGAUCCAUGUGCUGUGUCUGAGUGGCCACCAGUGCGCACCGACGAAGCAGGAGGAGAUGAAUCUCCGGGACAACCUCAAGCAAUUAUCUGAAGUUGGAGAAAAGUAUGUAGAUGAAGAGGUAAAGAAAGCUUUGAUUGGUAUUAAGCAGAUGAAAAUUAUGAUGGAAAGAAAUGAAGAUAAGCACAUAGAUCUGAUGAAAACCUUGAAGAAGAGCAGUGAAGAAAAACAGCAAGCUUUGCGACUUAUGGAUGAAGUAAAGGCAAGACUGGAAGAAGAGGAAAGACAAUGUCAAGUAUCCUUGAAAAAUCUAUGGGAUGAAUGUGAAUCUUGUUUAGAAAGUACCUGCAUGCGAUAUUAUACAACAUGCAAACGUGGUGUGUCAACCUUUAAGAGAAAGGUUGAAGAUUUUUUGAGGAAAAUACCUCCACUCAUAUUUACUUUUCAUGAGGAGCAAGGAAGAGACAUCCAAUCUAAUGAAAAGCCUGAGAAAGAGGACACCCAGCUAGUAAAGAUGGAAGAUUUAUUUAGCCAGCUUUUAUCGGAUGUGGGCUCAAUAUUUGACAGAAGUUUCAUUUUUUUCAAGCACAUGCAAAAAGAAUUUGACCAGUCUUUUCAGACUUAUUUCAUGUCUGACCUGGAGAUGAGUGAGUCCCCUAGUAUGCCAGCUUUACCUGAGGUCACCACCAGAAUUGAAGGCUCCCAGAGGGGCUGGGGCGUGCCUGGCUUCUUACAGACAGUUUUUGAUUUCAGCAGGACAGUGUUCGAAGGUGUCAGCGAGGUGAUCACUGAUGUGUUUGAUGAAUACAGAGAUUACAGAAGAGAUGUGCCAGAAGAAACCAAAGGCAAGUAUCCUGAAAGAAGUGGCAUGUUUUCAAAAAUUGUGUCAGGGCGCCAGAGACUUCAGUGCAGGGAGCUCCGGGAGAACUCCUCUGGAUGCCCACAGUUCCAUGAGAGAUGCCAGAAAUGUCAAGACAAUCUUUUGCAUGAUUGCCCAAACGUUCCUGAGCUGCACAUAAAGUUUGAUGAAGCCUUUAAGCUGGUUAAUCUCUCAGGGGAGCAGUACGAGCAGAUCCUCCAGGUGGUUCGGCAUCACACGGAGGACACUUCCUACUUGCUGAACAAAAUGAAAGAAAGGUUUGGGUGGGUGUCUGAGCUGUCCAACAUGACCAUUGGACCAGAAAACAUUUUCAACGUAGUUAAGGUGGUACCUGGGGAUCCCUCCAGUAAAGACGAAACUGUGGUAGAUGUGAACGUUCUGACUUCACCUACUUUCACCAUCAAAGUUCCUCCCAACUUGGAUCCCAAGAGUCCUGAGUUCAUCGAAUACAUAGCUGGGAAAGCACUCCAAUUGUAUAAGCAGAAUUUUUAAGUGGUAAGUUCAUUCUUUCUGCUUUCACAGAGAACACACUUCUUCAUAAGAGGUGUUUACAUUGCAAUAAACUUUAGUUGGAACAGGAUUCAUUCAUGGUGUAUACAAGACUGCCUUCUCAGAAAGGACACAUUGAGAAAAACACAAGCAUUAUGGAAAACACAAACAAACACUCAAUGUUUUUGCCUGCAAAACACAGACAAGAUGACAUUAAAUGAUUUGACUUAUAUAUCUGUGAAACCCCCAAUCUUUAAGUAACAGCUGGGAUGAGGUAAUGUGAUAAUAAAUAUUUCUUCACAAAAGAAUUGCCUCACAACCACAGUCCAGUGUCUUGGCAUUGAAAACUAUGUCUUUGUGUUCAUUCAUCAUGAAUGGACUGGAAUUACCACUAUUCAUUAUGUUUUUUGGAUUUUUUUUUUAAUUUUCAAUAGUGUUUGAGAGCAUGCUCAUAUUAUUUUUGAUGAUAAAGGAGGGCAAAUUGAGAAUCACCACCAGGACUUGGAAGAGCUGUCUUGCCGUAAUAUUUCUGCAUUAGCAGCACACUGCUCAGAUUAACAGUGUUUAUUAAUACAGGCUGCAGUUCAUCUUGCAGGGUCAUGCACAGAAAGAUCCUGCUCAUGGCCUUCAACCAUUUUUGUAAAAAGGACACACAAGAAGGCUUUCUUCUUGUUUAUGACAUUUCAAGAAGAGGAAGGAAAAACCAGGCAGAGAGGCAGGGAGGACAAAUGCUUCAUAUUCUCUAAUCCCACAGGGAAUUUCCCAAGAAAGAGGGAAGGGUUUUAGGUGGCAUCACACUACUGUGAAACUUGUAAACCACUCUUCCCUGUGUUUCCCUUCCAAGGGGACUCUGGGAUGCACAGCUGUAGUGGCCUCUGACUCUCAGAGUUGUCUCUUCCAGGGGAACAGAGCCACAAGACACAUGAGACUUUCAGGCAAAUCACUGCAUGGUCCCCAAAUCUUCUGAGAAGGACCAGAUUUGAACAGUUUCUCUUUAGGUCAUAGCUGAUUUCCUCAAAUGAGCAACCGAAGCAUGACCUGCACACAAGGAAAAGUCUCAGGAGGCAGGGAAAGAGCAUUCAACGUUAACAAAGUAGAUGAAGAAGAUUUCAGCAUUUUGUAUUAAAUCUGCUUAUUCUUUUGAGGUCAGAGGUACACUUUUUAAGCAGAUGAAAGAAAUCACUCCCACCAGAGAGGCUGAGGUGGGCUGCAGAAUUUAGACAGAAUAAACCAUAUACUUUGCUUAGGUAAAUGUUGGUGAAAUUACAUGUUGAUAUUUAUAAACAUCCGAAAUAAAAUUCUCCAACUCUUUAUCUACAAUUUUUCUUCAAAAUUCUCUAUAAUUUAUAUGCAGUUGUAAAUAUAAAUGAUAAAUACUCUUUCAGAUUAUGGAAUAAUAAUCUUCAGGGCCCGAUGAUGGCAAUAAUUAUUUCUGUAGUUUGAUGAUGAUUUUUAGCCUGAAUCUUAGUCUGAUUUUCCUGUGGGCAUAUCUGUGUACCCAUUUAAUACCUGGGAAAAGUAAGCAGUGUUGAUUUCAAAAUCACAGCAUUCAGUUUGCACAAGGCUUAGAGUACAUGAAAAUGUAAUGGAUAAAAACAGAGUUAAAACUCCACAAGAAAACUGGGUAGAUCUGUGAGAACAGAAGGGGAGAGAAAAAGAAAAGUUUCUGUCUGGUUUUUAUGUUAUGCAUGUUUCUAUAGCAGGACACUGGUACAUUCCACAUAUACUUACUUUUCUAACAUAUUUUUCUCCAUUCAAAACCAAAAUGUAUAAUCUUUUUUUUUUUCUCCUAGGAAAGAAGUGUGAAUUCUUUCUUCCUGAAAUAAAGUACAUGCUCCUUAGUUGAACUACCCCUGUACUCAGCAUAGCUAAGUGUUGAAUUUCUAUGGUUAAAAUAGUUGCAUAUAAAUAAAAUGUUGCUUAGUAAAUAAUGUGACAUAUAAGCUAUCAACCAAAGACUGUAGAAAUCUUUAAACUCCAACUUCAAACCAAAUCCAUUUCAGUAUUAGUUUAUUUAAAUAAAAUGUUAUUUAUGUUGUCAGUAAGGUAAUCUUUGAUAACAAGUCAUGACUCUGCUUAUGCAAAGAUUUGAGGAUAUAAUCAACUGUAAGCAUAAAAGUAAUUUCUAUUUGCAUUCUUACAUUCAAGCACAUUCUCAAGCCUUUUCAAGACAGAUUCCUACAGAUGUUGCACAUUCAGCUAAGUCUGAAUCAACCACAUUUCCAUCUGCAUGUAGCAUAUUAUUUUGCAAUGAAAAUAUUCAAUUUUUUCUUCCAGUUGCUUUUGAUGCUUAUUGUGUACAUUAAAUUACUUAUCUGAAUAUGCACUAAUGAGUAAGUCUUCUGCCUUUGGCAUUUCUUACAAACAGCAGUCUGCCUCUGAAGUUCAUUUCUUAAUUAAUUAAAAGCCUUUAUCAGUAAAGAAGCUUGUUUCUCCCUAAAUUAUACACAUCAGCUUUCAAUGGUAUUUGUAAAUUAUAAUAAAGGUUAAGUACUGAUAUAGCUCUAAGCUAGAAGCAGAGCUCUAGGUGAUUUGGUGUCAUUUGCCAUGCAAAGCUUUUAUAAGCAUGUUUUGCACACAGGUAUAUGUAGCUCGGCUAAAUGAAGUAUGCUAAGGUGUGCAAAUUCAUCUUUAUCAGAUAUGAGCAGAGAAAAAUAUCCACACCCUACUUACACUUUAUGUUUUCCUUUACUUCUACACAUACACAAGAAGUAUAAAAAUUUAUAUGAGGAAAAAAAAACUAUUUUACUCUUUUAAUUCGUGGAAAAGAUUCUUUUCUGUCUGCUGCAAAGAAAGGUAGCAUUUUCUAAUCCACAGUCCUCUGUGGCCCUUAGCUUCCAUCAUAUAUACCUGUAUUUCAGGCUCCUAAUAAUGAGAGAUUAUCAGUCAUAACAUAACAUAAGCAUGUCAGUUGUCAGGUCUCAGAGAUAAGUGACUCUUAGGAAAUUCUUGACUUCCAAGAGAUACUAAUGAUUAAAUAUUCAGAGAAGAAUCAGUUUCUUCUGACUAGCAAAGAUUAUAUGCAGAAAAUUUUCAGAGGACACCAUGUUGGGAACAGUUGCAGUCAGACACGGGUUGGGAUGCAAAAUGGCACUGGGACAUGGGAGAAGCUGAGAUGAACAUGAUGAGACAUGAUAAACCCAAGUGAUGAGGACUACCCUUAGUGAGCAGCAAAUGUGCCAAUAAAAUAUGAAGCAGGAAGCUGAUGACAUGGCAUGGCAUGAAAGGAACGUGGCUUUGGAAGCUCAGCUCAGGGUGACACUGCUGGAUGUGGAAGGUGAGCUGUGCAUGGGGCACGGCAGUGCAGGGCCACCAUAGCAGGGGAGACAAGGGAGGCUGGCACAGGGGCUUUUUUGGGAUAUCCCGGCUGGGGGGAUCCAGUGCCAGAUGUGUGCAGCCUGCCAGGCCCAGCUGAAGGCUUUGGUCUUGUUCAGCUCCGAAAGGCGGUGCC